ACUAGAAUUUCCAUGAGAAACCGAAAAUAAAACUACCCAGCAAAAUGGUGGCACAUGCCACGUUAUUAAUUCUUCUUCCUUGUCUGGGGAGAAUUGCCUGUGUCCAAGUGUGUCCCCGAGACUUCUAUUACAGCACCGACACCGACAGGUGUGAAAGCUGUGCAGAAUUGUGCCACCAAGCAACGGUCAGAAAAACAGAAAGUACAUGUCGAAGACUGUGUCCCGUAGGAGACACAGAAGUAACAAAGACGUCCUUGACACUGAAGAAAGCGUUACAUGGCAACAACACGCCAUCAGUGAACAAACUGAACUCAACUGAAGAACGGUUACCACACACACUGGACGACAGUCAAGUUACCAUAUACACAGUGUGUACGUUAAUGUUGCUCAUCAUGAUCAUGUGCUGUGUAUCGGCUGUACUUCUAAUGUCUGGACGAUAUCCAUCUUGCUGCUGCUGUAAACGAAGAGCACUUUGUUUGAAGUAUCGAAGGACCGGAAGUGGAGAAUUUGAAGAAGUGAAUGCACAGAAGCAGCAUGAUGGUGGGACACUAAUAAUGCAGAUCCCCUUGGGUAAUUAG